AUGCAGAAGCUCAUGGGCGGCAAGCUGCACUUUGCGCCCAUUUCCUCGCGCGACUAUCCGCACUUUAUCCUCGACAUCGCCACGGGCAUUGGCGACUGGGCCAUCGAGAUGGCCGACGAGUUCCCCGACGCGCGCAUCAUUGCCACGGACCUGUCGCCGAUCCAGCCCAACUACGUGCCGCCCAAUGUCCGGUUCUAUGUCGAAGACGCGACGGAGCCGUGGGACUUCCCCCACAAGUUCAACUUUAUACACACCCGGCUCACGGGCGGCUGCUGGGAAGACUUUGAGAAGCAAGUGGCCGCGCAGGCCUUUGAGGCCCUCGAGCCGGGCGGCUGGUUCGAAUCCCAAGAGGUCGACUGUAACAUCUCGUGCGACGACGGCACGCUGGACCCCUGCGGACCCAUCGUCUCGUGGAUCAGCGACCUCAUCCUCGCCGCGGACAAGAUGGGCCGCCCUACGCUCCUGGGGCCCGUCCUGAAGAGGGCCUACGAGAACGCGGGCUUUGUCGACGUCCAGCAGCGCGUGUACAAGAUGCCCCUCAACUCGUGGCCCAAGAAUCGCUACCUGAAGCAGGUUGGGCUGCUCUGGGGGCACAACCUGGUCGAAGGGCUGUCUGCCUUUUCCUACCAACUCCUUCAUCACGGGUUUGACCGUUCAGCCGAGGAGAUUGAGGCGUCUCUUGUCGACGUCCGUCGGGACCUUUCCAACACUUCGAUCCACGCGUACAUGCCGACGUUUGUGGUUUGGGGUCGGAAACCGUACCCCCAUGAAGUCGGGGCGCAGUCGCUGCACAGGGGUAAAGUGGUCUUUGGGGCAAUGUGA